AUGACGACCGGAAAAACUACGACCGACGACACUGUGGGAUGGCAAAAGGGUCCAAUGGACCGUGGCACGGUGACUCUCAUCUGGGGCUGUGUCACCACCAUUUUUGCCUGCUCGUGGACCAUCCUGCAUCUCAACGUACCCGCAUUGACCGACUCUGCCUGGACAAGGAUCUUGCGAAAGACAAAGUGGAUGGCCAUUACAAUCAUCUUCCCCGAGUUUAUUCUGUCCAAAGCCAUCUGCGAUCUACGAUUAGCGUUACAAGAGCUAUGCGAGUUUGAUGAGUACCUUCAAAGCGAUGACAAUAAGGUGAAGUGGAGGGCUUCCUAUGAUAUGGAAGGUCGCUCCUGGGAAGAUGAGUGGAGCUGGAAAGUCGAGUAUCCGCGGCAUGCCAGAUUAAUCUAUCGACUCCUGUUUUUGAAACCUCCAGUUCAGAAUCUUGGCGAAACACUUCCAUCACCCAGCCAAGCCGAAAGCGUAGGUAUGGAAUCAAACACUUUACAUAACAACGAGGGAGAACAGGAGCAGGGAGAAAGAGAACAACUCGAACCUGUAGAGGAAGAAACUUGCAGUCCACAACACCCAAAGACUGGUUCGACACGGGAUCUGGAAGCUCAGGGUAGUAUUCGUGGUUCAAGUGACCACGGUAGAGACCCAACUCCAUCUGACAGAAGUGUGCGGUCAUUGGGGCGGAAAAUCGACUCGACUCAUCCAAAGAAAGUAUCUCGGCUACAACGAAGGAAUCAGGUUUGGACUGUUGUCCACUCGUACUUCGCCCAAAUGGGUGGUCUUGUGUACAUAGACAAAUUUGACAUGACCAUUAGGGAGCACGACUACCAGAAGGCUCAUAAACACUCGGUCCUCACAGCCUCAAAACUGACUACCAGAUACAUUUGGCCCAAUACGCAUCCUCUACAACAUUUGGUUUUGGGAAAACACGACAUAGAGGACAAGAGCAAGGCGGAUUCGUUUGUGAAAAGCAUCGCCGUCCUUCAGAUUACAUGGCUGAUCUUCAAUGUCAUCGCCCGCGCGAUCAAAAAGCUGCCUAUAACGCAGAUUGAGAUAGCGACGAUCGCCUUCGCAGUCAUGGCAAUAUUCACCUAUGCAAUCAAUUGGUGGAAGCCAAAGGACGUUUCCCAACCUAUUCGUCUAUUACCUAGCCUUCUUGGCCGGUCACGAAAAUCUGAUCUCAUGCAGUCGUUUAUGACCCGCCUUCGACAACCUCACCAAGCCGCCAAAGAUUCUCAAGAGAUAUCCGAGUUCAGGCGAGUGCCAAACGACUGGCCUGCACUGCAUCGCUUGGAACUUUCAGUUUCCAACGAGGACCGAACUGCUUCGCUGGAGAGUAGUAAGCUUACUGUCAGCUACUUUACCUGGAACAGCUCUGGGACUAAGUAUGGCCAUGAGAUACUUAAGAACUUAUUACGUUGCAAGGAAGCGCAUGACUCUGUUUUUGAGUAA